CACCCACAUCUUUGGCACUGAAGGCUCACUGAUCACUCACAUCACUGACAUCGCCCUCUCACCUCGAGGGGUACAAGUACUUCAAGUGCUUCGAUGCUCCCAACCUCCUCCCCAGCCAUCAUGCUCGUUCUCACCCUCUCCCUUCUGCUCGCCCCCGCCCUAGCGCGCUGGGUAAACGACCUCUGUCCCCCCGGCCCCCUCGUCCCGUCCCUGCCUCCCGGCAUCGCGCAGCCCGCCGGCGCGCUCAACUUCGUCGUCGUCGCGCGCGGCAAGGGAUACCAGUGCGCGGACGUGAGCUGGGCGCGGGCGAACACUUACGACGCGGGCUGCGUCCUCUCCCAGCCGCCGCUGUAUGGCGCCCUCGCGCCGGCCCUGCCCCGUCUUGUGCGCGAUCACGUCGCAUACCCCCAGAUCGGGGCCAUUCCGCAGCUCGCCCUCGAGCUCGUCGAAACCGGUAACCAGCUCACUGUUACGGACCCGGGCACAGGGUUCUUCCUCACGCUCAAUAUCUCGGCGCGUAUCGCCCCGCCCCGCGUCACCCGCGAAUACGACUUUGCUUGGGCAAGCUUCAAUGCUGUCGACGGCGACUUUGAUUUCGGCACGGAGGUCCUCCGUACGGACACCGUUGGAGGAGUGCCGCGCCGAUGCCGCCCCAAUCGGCCCGUGGAGGCGGACUAUGCCGCUCUCUACUGGUUCUACAAGUAGACCGCAGACACUGAGCGCCCAAGCAAAGCUCAGGGCCGGACCAUACAUGAACCAUACAUGACAAUGAAUCUCAUAAGUACA